ACACGAACAAGGGGGACAUGGAUCGAAGCACAAGGAACACGACAAAUACAAGAAGAAGGGAUACACCAAGGGAUUCCGUGACAAGUACCACAAGGAUGAAUACCACAAGUUGGACAAAUACUGGAGUAACAACCAUGAGAGCGGGAAGUUUAACAAGUACGGGGAGCACGGCGAACAUUAUCACAGGCACGGGGAUAAGCACGACAAGGGCGGUAAACAUGCGGAAGGAUCCAAAGAAGAGAAACACGGGAACAAGGGUGAAUACGCCAAGGGACAUAAGUCCUCAGAUCAGAAAGGUCAUAAGGGGCAUCAUGGACACGAGGAAAAGCAUGGUCACCAAACCCAUUACGACAAGAAAGUCGAUCAUAAAAGUCAACAUCACAACCACAAACAUAAACAAUAGAAUGAAGAGAAACAGAACCAAGUUCCCUGAUGUCCCAUUACGUCCCCCCUAAUUCAGAACUACCCUUUAUGCAAAACACAUCUAUUCGAAAAGUACGGAUGGGCAAAUAUUUGAUGGUACUUGCACGAAAGAAAUGUAAAUGUCUUUCCUCACCUGCGUAGUAUCAUAACACAUUAGUAGGGCAUUUCGAAACAUUUGGAAAAUUUAAAAAUUAUCCGGUAUAAGUAUGCAAACUGACUCUUCUGAGACCAGAGAUAGGAUUUCGAUGGAAAAUCAGAGAAACGCGAAAUAAAGAAAGAGAAUUUCACCCUCAGUCAUUUAAUACUGGACCCGCAGUUCCGUGAAAUCGAGCUCCGAUUAGGCUACAUGCCAAGGGUUUGUUGAUGCACGUGGAGCCAACUGCAGAACACUUGGGGAAGGCUUUAUCAGUCCGUAAUUAUAAUCAUGCAGAGUUCAUUUCCAAGUUUAAGACUGUCACGGAAAUGUAAAACUUACCAAAGCGCCCAGAAAAUAUCGAAAGGAAGCCAC